GUUACGCUGUGGGCGUGGCAGAAGCUGGUUGCCUGGGGAGCCCGUAAGCCGGGAGCUGCGUCACACGGCGGAGCCGCCAUAUUGUCAGCGGAGAGAUGGGGCAGUGCGAGGUGAUCUCCUCUAAGACCGUCCUGGUCUUCCUGAACCUCAUCUUCUGGGCUGCAGCAGGCAUCCUGUGUUAUGUGGGGGCCUAUGUCUUCAUCACUUAUGACGAUUAUGACCACUUUUUUGAAGAUGUUUACACCCUGAUUCCUGGUGUAAUUAUAAUAGCUGCAGGAGCCCUCCUCUUCAUCAUAGGCUUGAUUGGUUGUUGUGCCACAAUCCGUGAAAGUCGCUGUGGGCUAGCAACGUUUGUGAUCAUCUUGCUUUUGGUAUUUGUUACUGAAGUUGUCGUGGUCGUUCUGGGAUACAUCUACAGAGCGAAAGUAGAAGAUGAAGUUGAUAAGAGCAUUACAAAUGUAUUCAAUCAGUACAAUGGCGUUUCCUCUGACUCAGCAAGUCGGGCAAUUGAUUAUGUUCAGAGACAGCUUCAUUGCUGCGGGAUUCACAACUAUUCAGACUGGGAGAAGACCCCAUGGUUUGAUAAAUCAAAGAAUAACAGUGUACCGUUAAGCUGCUGCCGAGAUAAUGCGUUUAACUGUACAGGCAGCAUGAGCAGACCUGGCGAUCUGUACUCUGAGGGCUGUGAGGCACUGGUGGUGGAAAAACUGCAGGAAAUAAUGAUGUAUGUAAUAUGGGCCGCGCUAGGGUUCGCUGCAAUACAGCUCCUGGGUAUGCUAUGUGCAUGCAUUGUGCUCUGCAGAAGAACUCGUGACCCGGCCUAUGAACUCCUCAUUACGGGUGGAACCUAUGCAUAAACCCAACUGGUCACCUUGCCCCCUGUCCUUCCCAAGGAAUCCACUCUGGGAUAAGACUCUCCUUGUCAAAGUAGUUUUUACUCCGCUGAUUCUUAGCUAUGAGCUGACAGUGGGUUACCUCUGGUCCUGGACUCUACCUUCAGCCUGUCACUUUAAUAGAGUUUUUUUGUUUUUAUUAUUUUGUGAGAUUUGUAGGUUUUAGCAUUAGCAUCUGAUGUUUUGCUAUAAGAUUAGUGGUGACAUAAAGGCAGCACUGUGAUUAAACCAUUGCUCAGAUUCCAGUUCUGCCGGGAUCCCGGACUCAACUUGCUGAGUGAUGUCUUAAGAACAUGCUGCUGUGUGUGGCAUUGUUUUCUCCCCUUUUGGAUGGCAAGAGGUUAAUACCUGGACAUCUUUUUACCUGCCUACAUCCUACACACAGUUGUAUUAUUAUUAUUGCACUCUUUGGACAGCUUCAUGCAGCAAACAGCUAGUAUUUUCCAAAUGUCUGAAGACUAUUCAUGUAUACUUCUACACAUCCGAGGUAGUUUUUGUACUGGUAUAUGGAGAAGUUAAAGUAUCAGGAGCUACAUGCUGGAUUUAACCAUGUAGCACACACUACUAUGAACAUACAUUGCACAGAGAGUGGUUGUAAAUCCUGAUGUAGAAGGCAUAUUAUGUAGUAUUGACCUCACACACAGGAAGCAUAUAUAGCUCCGCCAACAAGUAUCCGCAUUAACCUGCCCCUUCCCCUAAAAUAUUUUUACUUCCCUUGUCCAAAGGUGUAAAGGAAAAUAUUCAAACUUAAUUUAACACCUUUUCUCUAACUUGUGAGUUUCCUUGGAAACUCAUCAUGACUUCUCAGCAGUUCUGGAACUAAAUUUCUGCCCUCUAAGGAAACGCCAAUUUGCAGAGGAGAUUGUGGGAUUCUUAAGAGAAUUGGUUGUAGUACACUACAGUUAGGAGGGAGUUUGGUCCUCCACACACGUUGUGUGAGAUUCUUGGCUUGAUACAUAGUCUGAAUAAGAUGCAGUUGACCCUUUUCUUUUUACAUCAGUAGUAUGCAAUAAGAAAAGAGCACCUAUAGUUUCACAAGAACUGUUACAGUGCAGGACUUUGCAAUAUAGUCAUCUCUCUAAAUCGUUGCCAGGUAAUUUUGCCGUUAACACGCAGCAUGGACCGGCCAAGUUCUGUACUGAAGCCUGCACUCAAAGGAGUAUUCCACUUGUUAAAUUAUCCCCUCUCCACAGCUUAGGGGAUAAUUAAGAUCGGAGGGUCCUACUGCUGGGACCCUAACUGAUCACGAGAAUGGGCACUCUGUAUCCCCGUGGGGUCAUCUCCAAAUGAACAGAUGGCAGGUUGGGCACGUGAACUGCCAUUCCAUUCAUCUAAAUGGGAGUUUCAGAAAUAGGUGAGCAGUGCGCAUGGUCGACCUACUGCUGUUAUAGGGAACAAGCUACCAGUACCAUGUUCUGGAGCAGGAGGACCCUGAUACGUUUAUGGAAAACGGUUCAGUAAAACUUGUAAUUUAUUUAUUUAAAUCCCUGCUUGUUUUGCGCUUUGAAGUCAAGUAGACGGUCCUAUCAGUGAUAGACAACCUUCCCUCUAUGACUGUGUAUACAGAGAUAGCU